AUGGCUUUGGUGUUCCAGGUGAUACCUGCUUUUGAGGAGGCUGUCUCUGGGAUGGCUAUUGGUGGUAUCAGAAGUGCAAUAAAUAAGCUUGGUGUUGCAGGAUUAUUGUACCGCCAGAAAUCGGAUACCCGGAAAACGACUACAAUAAGAGUGGGCCGAGGCCGACAACUUUCUCUGUGA